AUGGCUGGAAAGCAGACCAGCGUCGACGGCGUGUUGCGUACGAGCGUUGACGCUUCUAGUGCACGCCUUACAUCUUUACGCACGUCCACUGACACAAACAUUGGCACUGCCCGGCGGCCCAAAUUUAUUCCAAAGGCUGCCAAGCGCCGUCCAGCAUCUUCAGAGCAUGAACAAGGCAGUUCCUCUGCUUCACAGCGCUCAAAUCAUGUCAAGCCUGAAUCCAGUGGUGGUGUAGCGCUAAAGAGCAACAACAAAGGACAUGGAGAUCACAAAGGCAGAAGAGGUCGGGGAAAUCGCGGCCGAGGUCGUGGUCGUGGUCGUGGACGUGGUUUUCUUCCUAGUGGAAAGGUUUCGUUCGUAGGAACCUUGUCAGGUGGAUCUUCGUACAGCGGAGGUGGCAGCGCGCCAGCCCCACGUAAUUCUCAAUCCAUCGACUACUCAGCUGCUGGCGGCACCGGAAUCAGUGUAGUUGAUCCGGAAAUGCUCGGCGAAAAUACUCCUGAGCUUGAGGUUGAAAAUGUCUGGCCACCUGUAGUGAAGUCAAUAAUGGAACCUAUGAGUCUGCCAAUCGUGCGACCACUAGAGCCUGAGAGCGCGGGCGCUGUCUUUUACAACGCCGUUGGUGACGUGGUAGCACCGGAUGACUCGCUUUUUUUUAUACAAAUGCCAACGACGCUGCCUCUUUCCAGUGCUAUAGCGAAAACACCCAGUGUAAACACACAGGAAGAUGAACCCAUGGAAGACGUAGACAAGUCAAUAGAACAUGCUAAGAAGAGGGAGGAAAUUCAGAACCCAGAUCAAUCAUUGGAUGAUGGUGUGUUUGACCAUUCCAUCGAAACGGCUCCAGGCGGUUAUAUUGGCAGGAUAUGUGUGCACAAGUCUGGCAAGAUGGUGUUGAUGCUCGGCGACAGACAAUUUGACGUGGCAGUAGCACAGACGCCUUCUUUCUGCGAGGAAAUUUACGCGGUCAACACAGCGGAAAAACAUUUGAGGCGAAUAGGAAGGAGCAUUCCACCGAGAGAGCUUACUUGGACUAAACUCUAUGGAACCUCGCAACGUUCAUAA